AAAACAUUUAUUGGAAAAUCUACUUUAAACACACACAUGAGAAUCCACACAGGUCAGAAGCCUUUCUGUUGUGAUCUAUGUGGACAAAGAUUUAAUCAAAAAUCUAAUUUAAACACACACAUGAGAAUCCACACAGGUCAGAAGCCUUUCUGUUGUGAUCUAUGUGGACAAACAUUUAAUCAAAAAUCUAAUUUAAACACACACAUGAGAAUCCAUACAGGACAAAAGCCUUUCUGUUGUGAUCUAUGUGGAAAAAGAUUUAGCCACAAAUCAGGUUUAAACAGACACAUGAGAAUCCAUACAGGGGAAAAGCUUUUCUGUUGUGAUUUAUGUGGUCAAAGAUUUAGCCAAAAAUCAACUCUAAACGAACACAUGAGAAUCCAUACAGGACAAAAGCCUUUCUGUUGUGAUCUAUGUGGACAAAGAUUUAGCCACAAAUCAGCUUUAAACAGACACAUGAGAAUCCAUACAGGGGAAAAGCCUUUCUGUUGCGAUCUAUGUGGACAAAGAUUUUGCGACAAAUCAGCUUUAAACAAACACAUGAGAAUACAUACAGGACAGAAGCCUUUCUGUUGUGAUCUUUGUGGUCAAAGAUUUAGCCGAAAAUCACAUUUAAACACACACAUGAGAAUCCACACAGGACAAAAGCCUUUUUGUUGUGAUCUAUGUGGACAAAGAUUUAUCCAAAAAUCUGCUUUAAACAAACACACGAGAAUCCACACAAGAGAGAAGCAUUUCUGUUGUGAUCUAUGUGGACAAAAAUUUUGCCACAAAAAAGCUUUAAACAGACACAUGAGA